UGGCAUCAUGUGAAAUGUCAGACCCGAGCUACACUGAGGUAAAAAAAUCACAGUAACAAGACGUUAAGUAAAUCUAAAAUGCAUUUUCACUCUUUAAGAGAAGGUCAGAAAGUCGUGGUUGUAAACCCAAACAAAAGGGCAGAGGUGUAAAAACAAAGAUUUGUGAGUCUAUCCCCGUCUGUCCUUUGUCUUGUUUUGUGUAAAUAUGCCGUCCAAGUUGUUGUGCGAGCCACCGCCACACUCCGCCAGAUUUACUUUGACAUCUGCUUUCAUAGUCGCAACCGAAGGACAGAGACCAUUUGACAGACUACGUGCAGUGAAAAGAAACUGACGAGACCACAUUAGGCACCAACUCCACUACACGUCCAAGAAGACCAGAGAGAAGAAGCAGAUGGCACCACAGACUCCACAGGGGCCGAACAACCUCACCCAACAAAGGACCAUGACAAAAUAAUGGCUUACAACAACCACCACCACCAGCGGCUCAAAACAGAAGUGUAAUAUGACAUGACAAUGUAUUUGGGCGUCAGCUUCAUCACCGAGUUUAACAUCACUGUAAAUGACACACAGGGAGUCGUCCCUGAUUUUCUGCAGACGGUCCUAGAGAAUCAACGGCGUUACAUCAUCAGCCUCGUCCUCUCCUGUCUUUACGCCAUUUUCCUCUGCCCCGUUGGCUUCAUUGGGAACAUCCUCAUCUUAGUCAUCAACCUGGAACACAGGGGCCGCAUGACAGCCCCGGACCUCUACUUUGUGAACCUGGCCGUGGCCGACCUCUUCCUCGUGGCCGACUCUCUAAUCGAGGUGUUCAACCUGAAGAAGGGCUACUAUGACAAGCCCGGCCUCUGCACCUUCAUGAACCUGUUCCAGCAGGUUAACAUGUACAGCAGUGUCUUCUUCUUGACCUGGAUGAGCUUUGAUCGGUUCGUGGCACUGACCAGCAGCGUGGGUCGCAGCAUGGCGCACGCGCGCCUCAGCUGCUGCUUCGUCUGGGUGUCCUCCUCCCUGCUCACCCUGCUGCCUUUCGUCAUAGCUCAAGCUCAGCACGCCGGAGAACUCACUUUCUGUUUCGCUAAUGUGACCCAGGUCCAGUGGCUGGAGAUGAUGCUGGGUUUCCUUCUGCCUUUCUGCACCCUGGGCCUGUGCUACUGGAGAAUAGCAAAGGUUCUCUGGCACAGCCAGAAAGACCAAAGGGUCAGACAGCGGAGGCCUCGCAGGCAGAAAGCCCUGCGGAUGAUCUCGGCGGCGGUGUUAGUCUUCUUCCUCUGCUGGCUCCCAGAGAACGUCUUUAUAUGCGUCCACCUGCUGAGAGGGGGCACAAGCGGGGACGCGCUCUGGCAGGACUACCCGCUGACGGGUCACACAGUCAGGCUGGCGGCCUUCUCUAACAGCUGCCUGAACCCGCUCAUCUACAGCUUCCUCGGGGAGACGUUCCAGGAUAAAAUGAGAGUUUUCCUCCAGCAGAAGAGCAUGCGGGUCAACCUGCAAAGGUCCCCCACAGAAAGGUCCACCUAUGCUCCCGCUGCAAACGACUGCGGCCAUGCAGCGUGUGACAGACCACGCCGGUCAAUCAGCUCUGACCUCUUCUCACAAACUGUUAUAAACUGUCCCUUUAAAUCAAAACCAGCUGCACAUGGUAGCUUCACAGACAUUUGUGCUGAGUUCAAAGACAUUAAGUGAUGGACAUUGUACAAAGAAGAAAGCGAGCAACGGGGUGUUCAACUAUAAUGCAUAAAAUCUAACAUUUCUUUUGAUUGAAAAAAUUCACUUGAGUUGUUUUCUUCAUUUUUUUUUUUUUUUUAAUAAAUCGUAUUUAUAAGUUUCCUUCAGAUUUCAUCCUUCAAGACGUUUUUACCAGGAGCUGAAUUGUCCACAGAGGAUCUCUCCUCUCCAAAACCAUCCGACCAGAGAAUUUAAACCAGUAAAAACUGUUUCUUCUGCAGUCUGGGGCGGUAAGGUUUUAAAAAUAAGUUAUAAAAAGUGACUGUUAGAAGUAGUCGUCUUGGAAAUGUGGUAUCAGUUAUUUUUACAUGGUGUCUUGUCAAACGAAAACUUAGAUCUCAGAUUUUAACAUUGA